AUGGCACAGCAGGAGUACAUAUCUGAUUCUGGGUCAGAGUACACAGAAUACUGGAUUGAUUGGUUUUUAGGCACCAGAGGUAACGAAUAUUUUUGUGAUGUCGAUGUCGAAUACAUCACAGAUCGUUUUAAUUUGACAGGAUUAAAUCAGUAUGUCGAUAGAAUUUCCCUGUUGAUUGACAUAAUAACUGACCAUCAGCAGAUUAAUGAAGAUCAACCUGCUGAAGUAAAAAGAAAUAUCGAAGAGAGUGCAAAACUUUUAUAUGCAUUGAUCCAUGCUAGAUUUAUUAUUACAAUGAGAGGUUUGAACAAAAUGCUUGAGAAAUAUAGGAACGGAGAUUUUGGAUUUUGUCCAAGAGUCUAUUGUAAGUUGACGCCAUUGCUCCCAAUAGGGUUAUCAGAUACACCAAGAGUUGAAAGUGUCAAGUUGUAUUGCCCAAAUUGUGAGGAUAUCUAUAACCCCAAGUCAUCGAGACAUGCAUCUAUUGAUGGGGCUUUCUUUGGUACGUCAUUUCCAGCUAUGUUUCUACAAACUUAUCCAGAAUUAGUACCUUCACAUAAUACAGAAAUUUUCACUCCUAAAAUAUUUGGAUUUCAAAUCCAUGAAAAUGCACAAUUAACGAGAUGGAGAACUUUACAAAAACAAAAAUUGAUUGAGAACUUGGAUAAAAAAGAAAUAAAGCAUGAUGAAGAAACACCAGGAGGCUUUGCUAAACCGGUUCCCGAAUAUGAACGUGUUAAGACAAACAAACGAAGCAGAAAUAAAAAAUAA